AGCGAUAGCGUAACACUGUGACAUUUUCCAGAGACCUUCAUAGCCUCGCUAACAGCAGGAUUAACGGUGUUAUUUUGCAGACUUAUUCGCAUUUCUGUAAGAGAAAUGUUGCAAAACUGUUUGUCCUAAAGUUCUACGAUACUCACGGGAGAACUUGAAGAAAGUGGACAAAACCAUAAUAGCAGAUUAUUUCAAACUCAAGAGGAGAUUUUGGCAGCAGGAACAAGCACAAGGUAAAGUUAACGAUCGAAACCGAAAAUGUUCAUAUGUUAUGCCCGAACAAGAUUUGAGAAAACUGAAAACACCGCCAAGAGCGUUCAUUUUGCUAUUUUUGCAAUACAACUUGAGAACGGGUGAACGAUUGUCAGUAGUGGCACUCGAGGGCGCAAAUAAUCGAAUAUUUACCUAGCAAGCCACUAUUUUUUUUUUAAGUUUUGUGCUCCACUGAGAACAGCUUAAAGUUGUUGCUAAAGUUAAUCGACUAGGUGAAUAAUACUUUUUAAAGAUUAUAGGCAAGCGAUAAUGUAAUAAGCAUAGGCACAGCGAGAGAGGGCCAGAGAUAACUUGUAAAGGUCAUAAUUAUAAUCUUGCAGUGUGGAACCUUCUGAUAUAACGAAGGGCCAAGGAACUGGCAAAAUUUGUUCGCUAUAACGAGGUUUCGUUAUAUCGAGGUUCUUUUUCAUAUAUCUUACUAUUACUGGGGUAGAGAAAAUCAAAUCGUUCGCUAUACCGUGGACGUCAUUAUAUAGAGUUUCGUUUAGUCGAGCUUCCACUGUGGCCCAUAUAUAGAUACUCACCCCGGCCACUGAGUGAAUCAGAGUGAAUGGACGUCAUUUAUGUCAAACAGGUAAAACUUAACUAAAGUACUUUAAUUACUACAUCAGGAAUUUGUUUGGUCUUAAUUGAUAAAACUGUAGUAUAAAGAUCUCUCUCUUAAAACGAAAUUAUAUACAGGGUUUCCGGGAUUUUAGCUCUAUUAUGAAAGACAAUCCUUCCUCCACGAAGUACUUGACACGUAUGUAAUCACGGUACAAUACAGCUAUAAAUAAUCGUUCGCUCCUUUGAACCUAAAACUGAAACAGUUAAUACUUCAAAUUGAAGGUUUGAUUCCACUCGAAAAUACUCCUCUGAAACCGUUUUUCUUACGGCAGGUAAAAUCCCUUUUUCAAAAGCCAGUAUGGCCAGGUGGACGAAUACGGGGAACUAGUUCAGCGGGUUGAUCCCACUAAGUGAGUUUUAUCGUUACAUUGUAAAGAAAAGUAUAAAUAUUAUCGAUCGAUCGGGUUUUACCUGUACAGGUAUGAAAGGCUGCACCCUCUUCUAGAACCCGAAACCUUUCACUAUUAGGGGAUUUUACUGUACAAUAGCUCAAGUGAAUCCUUCCGAUGACCCGGUUAGGCAACCUUUGAACAACUGUUAAAUGGCAAUUAGCUCAAUACUCCCUCCAUCAGUUACGAUUUUUUUUACCAUAAUUUUUUGUGUUCGUGUCUUUAAGGAUAAAAAAUCCGCUUAUUACUUAAGAUAAUCUACGAGUGGUAUCUAAUAUCCAUUCGAUUUGAGGCUGGCAUUAAGCAGAAAUUUUUCUAUGGUAAAAUACUUGCAACAAUAUGUAUCGAAAUCUGAGGUUUGCAAGUAUCUUUCACGUGGUGGUGCGCGUGUUUUGAAAUGUUUCAAAAAAAGGAAGCUCGUCCGAAAAAAAACCGUCACGAGGAAAAAUAGAUCAAAAUAGUGAAGAAGAUUUUUAAGCAAAAUUCCCUAUUUCCUCAUGCAACCAAGGCUAGCAUCAUACUUAGAAUUUUCCCGAAGAUCAAAAAAGACAAGUGUCCUAAUUAACUUUUAACUAUCGUUGAAAGCACUAAUUUUAUUCUAAUGAAGAAACUAAGCUUUAUCACACAUUUUACCAAAUAUAUUCUAUUCCGUCUCACCCAACAUUAUAAUGCUUACAGUGAAUGUAAAAACAAGCCUCACGUGGCAAUCUAGCUUAACUUCACCAUAAUCUUUCCUUCCUUACGCUAAUUCACGAUGUUUUUGUUAACAAAAUCCCUCGACGUUGGCCCAAAGGCAAAGCUUAUUGCACUUCAGUUUCCUGUAAGCUUUUCAAAUUUGACAAAAUAUUUUAAUUUGACUAUAUAUCAGUUUCCAGUUUUAGGGCGGUCUGAUAUUUGGCACCGUUAUACGGUUAAUAUUCUGAGACCAACAGGUUUUCGCUUGCUUUUAAGCAUAAGUGUAUACUUGUAACGUUACAGGAUGAAGCACAUUCCUGAGCACUUGGCGACAAUUAGAAAUGGCCGCCCAGAAAUGUCAUUUUGAAGAUAACAUUUUCAUCAUAGCCGUGUGGCUAUUUAGGAACUGGAUAGGUCCGGGAAGUAUUGGAAUUCUCUUUACAUCUAGCCGGCCAGUCCUGACAAAUGAUUGACGACUAACAUUGGUAAUGUCACGUGACUGGGCGGCAUCCCUUUGGAACAAGAACGUGAAUUGAUCAAGAGGCUCGUAAGCGUGGCACAGAUGGCACCCGUCUAAAAGUGUUUUCAUCUUUCAGCAUUCUUUUACCACUUGUCAUAAUUAGAUUUAUUCUUUUAAAUUUAUUAUACCUUAAAGCGGAAAUCGCGUAAACAAUACGUUUCCGUAGUUCACGCUUUAUACCCGAAACUGACAGUCAGCUAAUUAAAAGAACAUUCAGAUCAGAUGGGAGUUUUAGAAUCUGCCCUUCUACCACCAACCUUGUCGAUUAGCUUCGAUUAUCUGACAGACAAACGGAAAUCUAACGACCUUAACACAUUCAAAAAGGUUUAAUCAGGUUCAAGAAAUUUAGCUAAGUUUAAUGAAGAAUAAUUAAAUACAAACAAAAAUAUAGAAUUAAUUUCAUCUACAGUGGAUUAGGAUCAAGAAUCACGAAAAGACUUAACUUCAAGAACACGCAAGCCACGAUGUAGAUACGUAAAAAUCAGUCUUUAACAUCAGUUUUUUUUUCUGUCCCAUUUCUAUCAAUUGAUUCAAAAUAUCUUGUAAUUAUUAAUAGGAAACAAACUUGUUGCCCAUGAAUCGAUAUUUCGCCGCUUGACUUUUCAUAGUCGUUGUACGUUCUAAGCUGUUUUUCUUUGACAUUAAUUAGGAUUAUCUCUUUUAUUUAACUUCCGAAUACGUGAAUAAGUCUCGAGCUCCAUGAAAAACGACUGUGUCAACAGAAGAGUCUCUAUUUUGUCCGUGUGCUGCUUUUUUUUUUUCUUUCUUUUUUUCCAUUGGGUGCACCAUGCUUCAAUUUAUGUACAAAUGGUGGCGUCGAGCUAAAGCACGCAUCAUUUUAAACAAAAAUAUAGAUCGGGCUUACAGAGGUCAUUUCCAUUCACGAACGGACGUUCUGUCAUACGUGGACAAGACUAUUAGAAAAGCUUCAGCUUACUGUUUCAUCUGUGUACACGCUGACGAUAAAAGCACUAAUUGAAAGCACAAUAUGAAGAGUAAUAUUUUUAUUAUUGGUCAUUAAAAUACGACUUUAUAAAGUGAGCUAUCUGUGUGUUGUCAGAUGAGAACCUUCUUGUUCAUACAAUACGAAACAGGUUGAAAAUAAAACCGGUCGAAUUCACUAAAUUCAAACUUUUUAGAGCGAUCCUUUCAAAAAACUUUUCCGAAAGAAAAUCUCACAAAUCACAAAUCUCACUCGACUAUGGCUUUCCAAAACAGAUAUCAUGUGCCGGGAUACCAAUUAUUCCCUCGAGUUCCGUAUGAGCAAAACAAAGAAGGAUAUUUGCUUUUAUGCAACAAUUUGUAUCAAAUCUAAAAACGCUUUUAAAGCAUUUAGCCCGCACUUUUCAAAUCGAGACACCUUUACGAUACAACGUCUUUAUAUUGCCAAUUCCUUUGAAACACUCGAAAGUACUUGUCAUGUGGCAUUGUUGACAACAGGUCAUUGUGAAAAGGUAGGGACUAUGGAUACCCUAAAAUCAGGUUGGACACUCCCUGUCUCAAUACACAGCCCAAUACUUAAGGUAAAGAAUCGUUCAAUGGGCAUAAUUAAUUGAGAAAUUAGAGACAGGCAGUUUUACAAGGAAAUGAAUUAACUAUAGGUUUAAGCACCGAAGGAUACGGUGAUCGGGGAUAAUCACUGCUUUGACAACGGUUGCUUUUCAUACAAUGUAAUAAGCAAUGCCAUAUUCGUUAUUCAAAUUAUCGAUGGCGGCAGGUAGCACUUAAUUGUGUAAUGGCUUGAUACAGAUCUUGGUUUCAAAUCAAAUAAUGCGAGGUCAGGCCUUACAUACAUAAGCUGUUUUCAUCUAUCUUACAUUUACUACUAACUGUAAGGUUGAAGACUUAUUUGUAGUAUUUUGAUUGAAUUUUAAGCUGAAGAUAACAACCUGUUUUCUAGGAAUCCAUUUUAAUCAUAACCAUUACGAAAAACACAGACUGUUAAUGUUUGGGUCAAGCUCUCCAAGACGUAAUGAACGCAUCCUAAUCUGGUGUUCCUGUGGCACAAAGGCGGAAAUUUUCAAGACUGCAAAUUAGCCGCCCUUUUUAAUUUUAUCAGGGGCACCUAGGCCCGGAAACUAAAGUCCUGUCGACUCGAUUUCGUUUCCGUAAUUUUUCCGUAAGGGACGGACCAUUAGAAAACUUAUGGGGGAGCGGGCGAAGUACAAAAAUAAUAUUCGCGCAAGGUAAAAUUAAAUUUAAAAAAAAAAAUUCUUGCUCGCCAAUUAAUCCUAAAAAAAAUUCAUGCAAUGGCCUAAAAAAAAUUCAUACAAGGAAUUUGAUCACGAAAAAAAAUUCCUGCGGCUCGAAAAUUCCCCUCCCUCCCUCCCCAUAACUUUUCUAAUGGUCCGUCCCUAAGUGACGAACAGGCGGAUCCGUAAUCAAUGAUUACCUCUAGUUCAAGUACUAUUGCUUGACUGACGACAAAAUGGUGCAGAUUCCGCAGCUUAUUAUAUAUAGGAAGCUUAGCUUGCUAUACAACAUAGCUUUUCCUGGAGGGUGAAGAUAACCUUAAUUUAAAGUAGGCUGCCAUGGCUGAUGAUCCUGAUAAACACAAGAAUGGAACUGUCUUUAAACGAAAAUUGACAAGAAGUUUGCGCUUUUGUGAAAGGCUAAACUAAACUUUGGAACAGACUUGCUGAAACCCGUACAUCUAGGUCACAGAUCUUCGGAAUUCACAACAGGGGCACCCAACGGCAAUUUUCGGGAAAAUAUCUGUUCGGAAGACGAUUUGAGAACUAGAAUUUUCGGAACAUUUGUUGUAAAAUUUCUUGCUUGCCUGCCUCUCCUAGGAUUUUCGAACAUCUACAAAAUGGUAUAAUUACCCAUUUUAAUCGGAUAUUUACCCUAAAAAAGGCCACCUAGAAAACUGAAUAAAGGGUUUUGAUCCUUAUAAUUUUCGGAUCACUAGACUUUCAGCUAGGAAAUCCGAACAGAUGAAAAGUUUUUAGGGGAUAAAAAUAUGCCUAUAUCUACCGCAUAAAUACUAAAAUACGUUCAACAAUGCUAUGUUAAGUGGUUUUGAACUAUAUCCUCGUUGGGUGCCCCUGUCACAACUGGCUUUGCUGUUAAAUUAUGUAGGAUAACAAACUGAAUAAUGGGUGUUGAUCUUCAAAGGAAUCUGUUCAGUGACUUCCAAAAGCUAGCCGACCCGAACAGAUACAAUUAAUUAUCCACCCUCUUUAGGUGCUAACAAAUUGCAAAUAUGUUUAACCCGGUUGAGAGGGAAGGGAGGGGGGGGGAUGGUGCCACUGUAGAGGGUACGGUUUUGUCCUAUAUCCUAAACAGGGUAAGUCUGUCCUUAACAUGGGGUAAUAAUAAACAAGGUGUUAAAUGAGAGUGUACGAAUGUUUUGAUUUGCGUGAUGAAAUUUUGUUUGUACUUCAAGUAUACAAAAACAAUGACUGCUAUGCGGUAAAGUUUGCUCCAUUUCAAUUGCCAAAAAGACGAUCAUUUCGUCCUUUGUCUUAAGGCGAUAAAACUGAGGGUGUUGUCCUCAACGGGGUAUGUGGCUUUAGGUUGCUUUUUGUCCCAAACACAGUCAGGAUUUCAAACCCUCAGCGGCUCGAUCACCUAUACCCACAUAUUGGGUAGAGCACACCCUCCCCCCCCCCCCCCCCGCCGAAUUUUUGGAUCAGUGCUUUACAUUGUUAGCUAAGGGUGGUUUUAGGCACUCCCUAUGUUAAUCCCUGUUCUUUAGAUUAGCUUUCGCUAAUGAUGAUUUUCUUUUUUUUUUUGGUUCCCUAUCAGGCUCUACCACAAGCUUAACUAGAACAAAUUAGUUGGCAUGUUACUAAAUGGUAUUAUUUUCUACUUAUCCCAAUAGAUCUUGGUGCUAUCCCAUUACCUAAAACACACAUCGGGAAGCUAAAAUCUGCUGCUUCACAACUGCCGCCGAUCCGCCGAAGUUGAAACAUGAAGUUACACGCUUUGUUCCUUAUAACAAUUAUUGGCUCCGUUCAAUUUGAUUCAACCACUGGGUAAGCACUUGAGCUCUCGUGUUUUAAAUUAUUUAUUUUCAUAUUGGUAGAUUGAAUACUGCCUUUUUUUAAACAUUCUUUCGGGCAAAGGGUAUGCCGCGCAGCGAAUCUGGGAUAUUUAUUAAGCAAAACACUAGAACUGCAACGAUUUAAAUGUGACAAUCUAUGAACAAUCUGUAAAAUAAUCUACCAGAUUUUGCCGUUUUUAAGUCUUUGGUACAGCCUCGUUUUGCCAUUAUUUUAAUUAUUUUUGAUCGUGUUAUGUUAAGUCUGACUUUAAAGAUCUUGCUAGAGAACAGCCAUUAAUAGCUGGUUGGUAGAAAAAGCAUGAAUGAUUCGUUGUUCGUGUUUUUUUGUUUUUCGACUGAAUUCAGUACAAAACUUACCUUACGCGUUUUAUCACGUGUUCAAGUUAGGACAGAUCGUAUUCAAGUGGCAUAUUAGGUUCAGCCACAGUCAUCAUCGUGAUACGAAAACCGUUUGACAUUUAUCUUGUUGAUAUCGAUAAUUUAUGCAGUUGCAUUGUAGUCUUUGAUGCCCAAAAAUUGAAAAUUAUUUCCAAAAUUAAAUAUUAGUUUAAGCACUUGACUACAAAGUUCCGAGAAACAAUUGUUUCUGAAAGCAGCAUUAGUCCCUUACCCUCCCCGUAAGCAGUUUUAAAAAUUAUACCUCAAUAUUUUUAAAAUAUUCUUAAACAAUGAAUGUAGUUUACGCUUUAUGUAAAAGUUGUCAAAUAAGAGUCAUAACUGCAUCUGAUGUUGUCUUAUUUAACUCUGCUUUUUGUCUUUCAUCUGUUUAGAGGGCAAAAUGAGGUAGACCACAGCAUACUCCAACAAAAGGUAUUAAAAAAUGUUAGUUACUCUAGUAAUUCUAAGUCAUAUUAAUCUCCCACACGCUUGAGAUAAACUGGUCUAAUGCAAGAUGAUCCGGAAGCGCUGCGUCAUUAUUAUUAUUAUUAUUAUUAUUAUUAUUAUUAUUAUUUUACUCUUAAUUUUUCUAGCAAUAUUUAAAUGCAUAUCUUUACCGACACCUAAAAUAGAGAUAGCCACAGGAAAUUUAAACUUUCUACUCAAAGAUUUUGUAUUCAAAGGGUUAUUGGUUGCAUCCUUAUUAGUUAAGAACAAGUAGAGAAACAGAAAUUAGGAAACGGAUAAGAAUUUUUGAUCCCACUCAAAAUAAUUUCAGUAUUUACACUAUUUUCAAACGGGCAUUACUACCACCCUGGCAAACUCCGACAUCCUCUCAUACUGGCAGUUGCUUAGAACAAAGAUACGUAUUGUUCGCUCAGCAUAAUCCGGGACGAAGAUAUGCGCUUUAAAAAGAUUGGGAUCAGGCUUAGGAUUACAUCGGUCAUUUUACAAACACUUAACAGACAUUUUGUUGCGCGUACAGGGCAGUUAAGUACCCCUGCUUAAACUUGAUACCAUAUAUGGGGCAGCCUCUGUUUCCCAGAGAGAAUGAUGGAGGCCUGCGAGGUUGUUCUAACUUUGUCUGUGGACGUAAUCUACGCUUUGAUCGUUAGCAUGGUACCAUUUUGUUCCUUUGUUUUUUGGCAUAGUGCAAAAUGAAAUUUGUCAGUUAUUAUGCGUGAUUGCUUGAUGGAUGUGUGAAAGUGCAGAUGAAGGGUAUAAGUGUAGUUUGAAGCAAUGCAGCGAGUAAUAAUUUCAAAGACGAUUUUCUUAACUAGGCCCCCUACGCCCCCGUCACCCUUCGGGGGGAAAGGGUUGUAUCGUGCACCUCCAGAUUUUGAGGGUUUAACAUUAACAAUCCUUUCAGUGAAACCCUUACUGCACAAACUGUUUAUAACACACAUCACUGUCACGACAUGUUAUGUUUAAAAGACAACUUAUUUUAGUAUUGAAAGGAAUGUAAGGCCGAUUUCAUUUUACUUUAAUCUUAUUUAGGCAUAUCCACUGUUAUGGAGUAUUGUAAAGGCGGGAGGCCAUCGUGGACUGCAAGAAUGUCAAAGGCAGUUCAAAAAUGAGAUUUGGAACUGUACACUAGACCAGAACAAGCCAGUGUAUAAAGAGCUCCCCAUUUUUGUUAAAACAACGUUACCAUAUGGUAAGGGUUAUUUUAAGUAUUUCAAAAUACUUUUCAUUGCCUUUUUUUCACAACUUUUCCCUUUUCUCCACGAAUUUUGCUGCCUAAGAAAAGUUUUAUGUGUCCCUUUCAAGUCGUCUUGAUGGGACACGAUAUGAUUGUUUUCACUGAGAAACAAUUUAUUACUUUAUAAUCAUUUAAGCAAUAAAAAACAUUUUCCAUGUUUGCAUAUAGUCUGGUAUAAAUUAAACACGAUACGGAUUGGGAGAAUUCGAGACAGUUAUGCAAACUCAACGAAGUCGGUACCAUUAUGGCGCGCACACAGCGAAACAUCGUGACGUCACAACUGUGUUUACAAACUCCGAUGAAAGCACGUCUCUCGGCCAAUAACAACGAGCGUACCAUCUUAGCUAUUUCACAAAAGGAUAUACACUGAUUGCUUCGUUAUGAUAACGCGGAACCCCGGCAAUAUAAAUUGCAUGCACAACCCUGUAGUGCCUUAUUGCCUGAUUCCCCGUCAUAUCUGCAUCAUAUUGUUUGUUAAUCAUAGCAAUAGUCCAGUUUCGCGAAUUAAAAAAUUACCACUGAAUAUAAACAUUAACGACACAUUCAUACAGGGUUAGCCUCGACGUAAAGUAAAAUAUUCAGGAAUUCUGGCAAGUAAGUGUUUGAAAUUUGAAUAUACACUGAUAGACAGAGUAAUAAACAGGUCUUUUUCUCGUUGCAAUUUGUGAAUAUAUUACUUCAGAAUGAGGCUAAGGCUGUAAAAAAUGCGUCUUCACUUCUUUAAUUCAGCGGUCAUAGCGAACUCCAAAAUGGGCUAUUUUGCUAGUUAGUUCGUACACUUCUCCGUACUCGGGCUGAAAACAAUAUUUUCUUUGGAGCCAAAAACUCUGCUCCAAUGACAAACUCUUUCUCAGUAAAUUAUUCGAAAAAUAUGUGUUACCAUUAAUCUGCCAACAGGUAUUAGUUGCUAACUCCUGGACAUUAUCUCCAGAUAUAUUUGGCAGUUUCUAACCUUUUUUAUUGUUCUCUAACAGCUAAUAAAGAGACAGCUUUUAUUCACGCCAUUAGCACCGCGGCCAUCAUAUACGAGAUCAUAACUCAGUGUAGACUAAACAAAAUACCUGGAUGUGGCUGCGCGGACGUUAAAAAGCAGCGGGAAGGCAAUGGCGACUGGCAGUGGGGUGGAUGCAGUGAUAACAUAAGGUUCGGUGAAAAGGCGACCAGGCAUUUUAUCAACAGACUUGAAACCGGAAAUGACGCCAGAACAGUUUUUAACUUACACAACAAUGAAGUUGGUAGAAAGGUACUUUUGUCAUCUAGUAAUUGUUUAACUAUUCGAACCAGUCAUAACAUUUGUUCCUCGGUAGUACUAGGAUAUGGGAAAAAUUUUGUUUCUAGGAGACUAUUCGUCAAAUAGUGGUUUUUAUCCAUUGCGGUAUUUUUGCAAUUCUUCUUUUCGCUUUUUAUAGGUAAUAGUUUAGCUAUUUUGUCUUUACAUAGCAGGUGAAAUCUUCCUUCAUUAUCUCCAAUCUGACAAAUUAAAAACGCUGAGCGACUAACCCGCCGUCUGUCCCUUUUCUGUAGAUUAUCAGUAGAAGUGACGCCAACUGUACUAUUAUCAGAAAAAAUCUUCCAAAUUUGUAAACCUUUAAAGUGUUUGCCGGGGGAUGGAUUCAAUCUGUCUUUCAGUACUUUUCAAAAGCACAAAACCUGACAGCUUCUUUGUCGCCUCAUGUUAGGGAAUCCAGAUUCGAGAAUCCGGGAAAUACUUGCUUGUGGUAUCCGGAAUCCAUGAAAUUUUUACUUGUGGAAUUUGGGAUCCUGGGCUUUGGGAUCCGGAAUACAGCACCAGGAAUUCGGAAUCCCACCAAGGAUUGGAAUCUGAAAUCAAGUACCUGGAAUCCGGAAUCCACAACAUGGAAUCCAGAAACCAAACUGUCUUCGAUUCCUUUGCAUGGGGCGAUUCUUUUAGCCUCUCUCGCAGGCAUUUUUAGGGGAGCUCUUUUUACAUUCCUCCCCACAAACGCCUGCUCAACCGAAAACAACAUUCCUUUCCCACUGUUUUAUUUGCGUGGUAAGUGACCAAUCAGCAGUUGUGCAAUGAAGUGUUGACAGGCUAAAAUCGACUAAAACGUGACCCUAGAGUUACCGCUUUCGUUCUUUUCUUUCCUUCGCUAAGGUUAUGCAAUGCAUGGAGUAUUCUAAAAUUUGACUAAAUCUUAUUUUUGCAGCGAUGAAUCUAACAUUUAUUAGAGGUCAGAAAGCUUUCCCAGUGUUUCAUGCAGAUCGAGUCAUUAUCAGAAUACCUUGCGGUCAAGGUUAACUUUCCAGAAUUUGGAAAGUACAAUGUGAAAGGGAAAGGAAUGCUGUCUUCGGCUGAGCGGGCGUUUGUGGGGAGGGAUGAAAAACGAGCUCCCCUAAAAACGCCUGCGUGGGAGGCUACGAUUCUUUGUGAGGGAAAUAUAAAGACACAAACAACGUAACUUCGGCUUCUCGAAGUUAUACUUUUGUUGAACUGAAAAUGAAAAUGCUCAUUUUCUCACCUCAUCCUGUGUAAAUCUUCCUCACCGCAGUCCUCCAUGGUUGUUUUUAUUUACCCAAAACUGUUGGUUCUUAGGACAGAGCAACAUUAAAUGGGUGGGUGGGUAGGGACGACUUUGUUGUGGUUUGAUUACAGGGUAGUAUCGCGUAUAGAUGGAAGACUCUCGAGAGUUUUGUGGGAAGUGGAAUAUGCCUAUAUCAGAACCGCUAAGUGCUCUCCCAUGAUGGAAAUUACCAGUGUUAAAACCAGUGUGAUCUUUUUGUCGUUGUUUUUUUUUUUCACGAAGUAUUUUGUUUUCCUUUCAAUAACAGGUUGUUCGUUUAAGUCUUAAAAGGGAAUGCAAAUGUCACGGCGUCACUGGAAGCUGCAAUUUGAAAACUUGCUGGAGGCAACUGACGCCCCUUGACGUCAUCGCAUCAAAACUGAAGCUGAAAUACCGCAAUGCGGUACGCGUUGUAUCUGUUGACAAUGAGCUUCAAGAGAAGGUCAGGAGCAAAUUAACAUCGAGAAUGGACAAAAAGCUUGUAUAUCUCGAAGAAUCCCCAGACUACUGUAAACCAAACAAAAUCACUGGUUCUCCAGGAAUGCUGGGAAGAACAUGCAGCAGCGAAGACGUAACAACGAACAGAUGCAAAACACUAUGUCAGUCGUGUGAGCUGAAACCCGUAACCGUGCAACGUUCCAAGACAUUCGACUGCAGAUGUCAUUUCUUGUGGUGCUGUAGUAUCAAAUGCGAGUUAUGCACCAGAAAGUAUUCGGAAACGACGUGCACCUCAAGGGGAAAAAAAACAUAAGAGUUUCAAAAGACCUUUAACUAAGGCAGAAAGUGGGUUGUAAAACAGCAGUUAUCCAGCCACUGGUCAAACUAUAUUCUCGAACUGGUUGAAAUGAUGAAAAAAGUAAUAGCGUCCCCAGAGAAGUUCCAUAAUGCAAUUCGAGACCACACAGACCUAUUCUCGCGUUCAGUCUCAAAAUCUCCGUGAUAACGCAUUCCGUGAUAACGAAGGAUUUCUUCAGUCCUAAAACACACUUCUAGAGGGAGUUCAAAUUCUCCUUAUAGCUUCUCGCCAUGGAAACGGGAUGAGCUUCGGCCUGGCUUGAAAAAUGAUUAUAUCUCUACCAUUUAUUAACAUGUAAAUUUGGUCGAAUUUAGCAGUUAAACGACUUUGUUUAUCUACUACCAUGCCACCUGAUGAAGACCCUUUAAUGCUCGACAAAAAUAGAAGAGGGGGAACUUUAUCGCUCCACUUAUUCCAAUUGCUAUUCAAUUAUCACCAACAUGCAUUCGGAAAAGUUUUGUGGCAGCCAGAGUCAUUAUAAUUUAUAGGGGAGUACCGUAAUUAAAUGAUCUAAUAGACACCUCUUGUCAAAUAAAGGUCUUACGCUUUUAAGUUUCAAGUAGAUGCCCCUCUCUAAUAAUCCCCGCCCCCUCUGUGUUAAUGGCAAGUACUCCAAAAUACUAGGAAAUAGCAAACAAGUAAAAUACUGCCAUUUGUUCAGUUUCUUGCUUGAUAAACAAAGGUUUGCGUAUUGCAUCCUGUUCGUGUUAAGUUUAAAGUAAAGUUACCAAGCAACAAAUUUAAUUUGUGAAAUCCUAAUAUUUCCUAAAACUGAAACACAAGAUCAGUUUUUUUAAAGUAAGAACAAAAACCUUCAAUUAAGGGGCAAGACGGGUACUGUCCUAUUAAUGCUGAGAUGAAGGCAAUUGAUAGCCUAUU